AUGAAAAAUGGCGCAGCAGUCGCCGUCGUGCUCUCCCUGGUGUUCAUCUACGUCAACACGCAGCGCAUCCGGAAAGACGCCGCCGACAACAACGAGUACCUGAAAGACCUCGUGCGCAAGGUCAACGAAAACCCCAAGUCGACCUGGAAGGCCAAGUUCAACAAGUUCGGCUCGAAGGCCCGCGACUACGAGGGGCUGAAGACGCCGAAGAACGAGACGGCCAUCGCCGAGUAUUUCGAGCUGCUCGAGAAGUUCUUCGAGUGGGACAUCCUCAAGACGCACAUCAAGACGCUCCAGGAAUUCCCGGAGGACGACCUGCCCGAGCAGUUCGACGCGCGCCAAAAAUGGCCGGGAUGUCCCUCGAUUUCGAAUGUGCCGAAUCAGGGCGGCUGCGGAUCGUGCUAUGCAGUUGCUGCGGUGGGCGUGGCCGCCGAUCGGGCGUGCAUCCAGUCGAACGGCACCUACAAGUCGCUCUUCUCGGAGGAGGACGUGCUCGGGUGCUGCGCGGUUUGCGGAAAUUGCCUUGGCGGCGACCCGUUGAAGGCGCUCACCUACUGGGUCCAAGAGGGUCUUGUUACAGGUAAUCAAACGCAAGUUUUCCCGCUAAACCCCUCUUUUUCCCGGCGGUCG